ACACUGAAUGGUUCAAGAGUAAACUCUGUAAAAGCGCAAAAUUACGCCCUUAUAGAGCUGGUGCAGAGCGCGUCUGGUAGCCAGCCUAUUACCGGGAAACUCUGUUUUGCAGGUUCUCAACUCGGACAAACUCCACAAUCUUCCAGACUGGUGUUGUCAUCUUCAGUGACGAGAGCAAGGUCAUGCUUGGGAGCUCAGAUGGUCAUUGGUGGUGCUAUUGUUGUCAUGGUGAGGGUGUCCUCAAGCCGCGUCGGGUUCAGAUGGAGGAAAGACAUGGUUGAAGAAACUUUAAGAUCAAUGUUUGGGUGCCAUUGGCCCACAUGGUGCCAGCUGUCAUAG